GAUAAAUUUAAUAAUAAUUUAUAUAAAUAAAACUCCCUUAAACCAUGAUUGGGUAUAGUCUCAGCCAGAGAUCCAUAAAUAGGAUAAGGAGAUAAGCCUAUACGUGGCACAAGCCCACCUCCCCACUCCAGAGCUCCUCUGUAGAAGCUACUCUCCCCUUCCCUCUGCCAACAAAGUCCAUGGCGUCACCGACACUCCUAAUCCCAACCUCCAAACCAACACCCCUCUCCACCACCAGAUCCAAAGCCGUCGUUGUCGCUACCAUCAGCCCUCCACGGCCAUCACAACAGCAGCACCAGAAACAACCUCUUCGCCGCCACUUCUUGGCCUUAGCCACUACUAUUCUCACUCCAGCAAUGUUAUCCCCAGUGGCUCCAGCUCAUGCUGCAUCUGAUGAAGAGUACGUGAAGGAGACCGAAGUAGUUAUCAACAAGGUCAGAACCGCCAUCAAGAUGGACAAAAACGAUCCUAACGUAGCAGAGGUAGCCGCUGACCUAAGAGAGACAUCCAAUUCUUGGGUGGCAAAGUAUAGAAGAGAGAAGGCUUUACUUGGCCGUGCUUCUUUUCGUGAUAUAUAUUCGGCACUGAAUGCUGUGUCUGGGCAUUAUAUUAGCUUUGGACUUACAGCUCCCAUUCCAGCAAAGCGGAAGGCGAGGAUUCUUGAAGAGAUGGACACAGCUGAGAAAGCUUUAUCGAGGGGCAGAUGAUUUUUCUUCGCAUAUUGUUAAUUUUAUCCAUUCGAAUUUUGCUUUGUUUUGAGUCUGAGUUUACGUAAUUAGGUUCAUUUUGAAUCAAAUUAACCGCAUGUGUAAAUUAUCACUCAUUAUGUUUCGGUAAUAAUUAAUUCCCUUAAUGUUUUUUUUUU